AUGAGCGCCGUGGCCUACGGCCUCGAUGGCCCUUUCCAGACCUACCCCGACUGCACCAAGCCCCCCCUGUCCGAUAUUAAGGUGUGCGACCGGACACUGCCCGAGGCGGAGCGGGCGGCAGCCCUCGUGGCAGCCCUGACCGACGAGGAGAAGCUGCAAAACCUGGUCAGCAAGGCGCCGGGGGCGCCGCGGAUCGGCCUGCCCGCGUACAACUGGUGGAGCGAGGCGCUGCACGGGGUGGCCCACGCGCCCGGGACGCAGUUCCGCGACGGGCCGGGGGACUUCAACUCGUCCACGUCGUUCCCGAUGCCGCUGCUGAUGGCCGCCGCCUUCGACGACGAGCUGAUCGAGGCCGUCGGCGACGUCAUCGGCACCGAGGCCCGCGCCUUUGGCAACGCCGGCUGGUCCGGCCUCGACUACUGGACCCCCAACGUCAACCCCUUCCGGGACCCCCGCUGGGGCCGCGGCUCCGAGACGCCGGGCGAGGACGUCGUGCGCCUCAAGCGCUACGCCGCCUCCAUGAUCCGCGGGCUCGAGGGUCGUUCCUCCUCCUCCUCCUCCUGCUCCUUCGGAUCCGGAGGGGAGCCGCCGCGCGUCAUCUCGACCUGCAAGCACUACGCCGGCAACGACUUUGAGGACUGGAACGGCACGACGCGGCACGACUUCGACGCCGUCAUCUCGGCGCAGGACCUGGCCGAGUACUACCUGGCGCCGUUCCAGCAGUGCGCGCGCGACUCGCGCGUCGGCUCCGUCAUGUGCGCCUACAACGCCGUCAACGGGGUGCCGUCGUGCGCCAACUCGUACCUCAUGAACACGAUCCUGCGCGGGCACUGGAACUGGACCGAGCACGACAACUACGUCACCAGCGACUGCGAGGCCGUCCUCGACGUCUCGGCCCACCACCACUACGCCGACACCAACGCCGAGGGCACCGGCCUCUGCUUCGAGGCCGGCAUGGACACGAGCUGCGAGUACGAGGGCUCCUCCGACAUCCCGGGCGCCUCCGCCGGCGGCUUCCUGACCUGGCCCGCCGUCGACCGCGCCCUGACGCGGCUGUACCGGAGCCUGGUGCGGGUCGGCUACUUUGACGGCCCCGAGUCGCCGCACGCCUCGCUGGGCUGGGCCGACGUCAACCGGCCCGAGGCGCAGGAGCUGGCCCUGCGCGCUGCCGUCGAGGGCAUCGUGCUGCUCAAGAACGACAACGACACGCUGCCGCUGCCGCUGCCGGACGAUGUCGUUGUCACCGCUGAUGGUGGCCGCCGCCGCGUCGCCAUGAUCGGCUUCUGGGCCGACGCCCCGGACAAGCUGUUUGGCGGGUACAGCGGCGCGCCCCCCUUCGCGCGCUCGCCCGCGAGCGCCGCCCGGCAGCUGGGCUGGAACGUCACGGUCGCCGGAGGGCCCGUCCUGGAGGGAGACUCGGACGAGGAGGAGGACACGUGGACGGCGCCGGCCGUCGAGGCGGCCGCCGACGCCGACUACAUCGUCUACUUUGGCGGCCUGGACACGUCGGCGGCGGGCGAGACCAAGGACCGGAUGACGAUCGGGUGGCCGGCGGCGCAGCUGGCGCUCAUCUCGGAGCUGGCGCGGCUCGGCAAGCCCGUCGUGGUGGUGCAGAUGGGCGACCAGCUCGACGACACGCCCCUCUUCGAGCUGGACGGGGUGGGCGCCGUCCUGUGGGCCAACUGGCCGGGCCAGGACGGCGGCACGGCCGUGGUCCGGCUGCUCAGCGGCGCCGAGAGCCCGGCCGGCCGCCUGCCCGUGACCCAGUACCCGGCCAACUACACCGACGCGGUGCCCCUGACCGACAUGACCCUGCGCCCGUCGGCGACCAACCCGGGCCGGACCUACCGCUGGUACCCGACUCCCGUCCGGCCCUUCGGCUUCGGCCUCCACUAUACCACCUUCCGGGCCGAGUUCGGCCCCCACCCCUUCUUCCCGGGGGCGGGCAAGGGCGAUGGCGACGGCGAGGACAAGGGCGAGAGCAAGAGCGAGAUCAGGACGCAGCAGCAGCAACAGCAGCAGCAGCAGCAGCGCAGGGCGGCGGCGGCGGCCACCACGCCGAUCCGGGACCUGCUCCGCGACUGCGACAAGACGUACCCGGACACGUGCCCGCUGCCGCCGCUGACGGUGCGCGUGACCAACGAGGGCGAGCGCGCGUCCGACUACGUGGUGCUGGCCUUCGUGUCGGGCGAGUACGGGCCGGCGCCGUACCCGAUCAAGACGCUGGUCUCGUACGCGCGGGCGCGCGGGCUAAAGGGGAAGGGCGGCGACGGCGACGGCGACGGCGACGGCGCCACCACUACCGUCUCGCUCGACUGGACCGUCGGCAACCUGGCCCGCCACGACGAGCGCGGCAACACAAUCCUGUACCCGGGAACUUACACCCUCACUCUCGACGAGCCGGCCCAGGCGAGCGUGCAGUUCGCCCUCGAGGGCGAGCCCGUCGUGCUCGACGAGUGGCCUGCGCCGCCGAGUGCCAACUCCACCGCCAGGGGGAGGCACAGGUAA